AUGGACAGGUGUCACCUUGAAGAAGCCGCGUCUUCGAACACCCAUUUCAUGAUAGAUAGCCCGGGCUUCUCCUUGAUCCGUCGGCGCUCUUUACUUACGCGUCCUGGGAUCGCCACGAGACGACCAGUAAGAGGUGCGGCUCGUCGAUGCCCGUCACCAAUUGGACAAGAGCUAGGGUUCCCGCUCCGCUGUACAGACGAGCCGCCUCAGCUAUUCCAGUGGCCACUGAUAGAUUGCGAGGAUACUGUGUUGCAACACACUAAUUCGCUUGCUGAGGUUCGCCCGCCAACGCCUGGUGACUUCGGGUACACCCAUUUGGGAGCCCUUAAGCUGGGAUCUUUAAGGGUAGUGAACGGCUCAGCUUCCCCCUGUCCCAGCGACCGAAGCCGACUCAGGCCAAACAGUCCGACUCAGGACAGCAGCGCCAUACAUACAGCAGAGCUACGUUGGAGCAGAGAUCAUUUGACUCAAGAUAAUCCAUCUGUGAUUGCUACAUCAAGUUCCCCGGACAUGGAUGACUAUCAAAUCGGACCUGAAGAAAUUCGGGGCCCUGCGGUCCCAGUCUCGGAGUACACCGGUGCCGAUAGCCCCAACGGGGUAUUAGCGAACAACGGGAAUGUGCCGAGUUUCCUUAUAAAUACGCCGCCUAUGUCUAUCGUACAGAUCCCAUCAUCUCCCGACAUUAUGCGAUACGAAGAUUUCCCGACAAGUCCAUUCUCUUUUGAGCAAUCGCCGGUUAUCGCAACAUCCCAUGGAUUCUAUGCUAAGGAAGUGGAAGACGAAGCUAUAUAUGUAUCUGACGAGGAAACCCCCUUAGACUUCAUGAGGGAGACUUGUCAAGAAGUUCCCCACCCGAGAAGGGUUUCGCAUUCGCACAGAAAAGUAGAUAGUGGGUACAGCUCAGCUGCAUCAGUUCGCUCUCUACAAGACAAUCGCACUAGGGCUUCUCUUGAUUCUCAAGAAUCAAUACAACAGCCUUCAGGAUAUCGCAGGUUUACACUCGGAGGCACUGAGUUGUGCAAUGUAGAAAAUCACUCGGGGAUGAGCCAGCAGCUUCCUAUCUACCGCCACCUAAGGGUCUCCCAUGGUUGGUCAACAAACAUGGCAACAAUGUGCCAUGAGACACCACAGAUAUCGACCAGCAGUCGCCCAAGAAGCUUGUCCACUGCUUCGCCACAACGCUCUGGUCACACGGUGUCCCUUUCCCGCCUCACUUCCUUCAAACGCAUACCAGCCACAAUUCUAACAGCCAACGAUACCAUAUCCGACGAACAGCUCUAUGAAAGUUUCGCAACCCAUAAUGCAAGACUCAGCUAUGGCCGCGACGCAGGUUUAGAGAAUUCGAACCAAAGGACAGCUGACGCUGGUCGUAACAGCGACUAGUCUUACCAGUUCAACCCACGUCGGUCAAAUCCUUGGGGGGGGGUUGGUAUCGUCAAGAAAACUCCGCAUCUGGCGCAUGUCAGCAAAACAGCAAAACCAACCUGAUCUGUACGCGGUAGAAUCACCUUUAAUCUAUCGUUCAUCCCUUUGUUCUUUAUUUUUCAUUUGGGGAAAGGGAUUGUGUUUGUGUGGCGUUAAUAUAUUGUCAAAAGUCUCACUGCGUGAGGUUUUUGGCUUGCUUUUGGAUAUACCCGUGUCGAUGACUUUUGUUACUAAAGCGCUAUUGUUCCAAUCUUCCAUCUUACUACUGUUUUCAAUGGGCAGUCAAGCAACUCAUACCCCAUCAAUUUUAGUUUUUUAUUUUUUUUUGUCCCCUUCUCUUUGCUGCCCUUUCCCUAAUUUCUAAUAUGGAGAGAAAGACACAUGAACUGUGCGGCCCAUAUUCACCAAAAGCUUUUUGUUUUUUAACUUGGCGUUCUUUUCUUUCUUUCGUAUAUCCCUCUCUCGCAUUCUCUCUGUAGAUACCAUUUCACGAUGCGAAGGGGGCCCAUAAGUGUGAGCUUCGAAAUAAGAGACACGGGGCAACAUAGCGGUGAAGCAAUGUUUAGCAGUUGAAUACUAUAGUGGUGCACUGCAUGAGUAGGACAUUCCGAAGGUAGCGGUCGACAAUUCACAUAU